AUGUCUUCAAUCACUCAAAAUGAUUUAGCCAGCCUUGACGAUGGCUCCAAGAAAGAGAUCAUGAACUUCUUAGAAUCUGAAAACUCCAAACAGAAAGUUCAAAUGUCAAUUCAUCAAUUCACCAAUGUUUGCUUCAAACAAUGCGCUACCAAUGUGAAUAACGGCAAUCUAAGCUCUCAAGAAGAAGGUUGUUUGAAAAACUGCGUCAAUAGGUUUUUGGAUACCAAUAUCCGUAUUGUCAAGGGCCUGCAGAGCAUCCAGUAG